CGCGGACGGGAGGAGGAGCGGCGCCGAGCCGGAAGGCGGGAGGCGCGUCCGUUGGGCCCGCGGCGCGGCCGGCCAGCCGCCUCGUCGCUCGGGCGGGAGCGGGGCCCGCGCCUCCUCCCCGGCGCCGCGGGGAGGAAGAUGGAGACGCACAUCUCGUGCCUGUUCCCGGAGCUGCUGGCCAUGAUCUUCGGCUACCUGGACGUGCGCGACAAGGGGCGCGCGGCGCAGGUGUGCACGGCCUGGCGGGACGCCGCCUACCACAAGUCGGUGUGGCGGGGGGUGGAGGCCAAGCUGCACCUGCGCCGGGCCAACCCGUCGCUGUUCCCCAGCCUGCAGGCCCGGGGCAUCCGCCGGGUGCAGAUCCUGAGCUUGCGCCGCAGCCUCAGCUACGUGAUCCAGGGCAUGGCCAACAUCGAGAGCCUCAACCUCAGCGGCUGCUACAACCUCACCGACAACGGGCUGGGCCACGCGUUCGUGCAGGAGAUCGGCUCGCUGCGCGCGCUCAACCUGAGCCUCUGCAAGCAGAUCACCGACAGUAGCCUGGGCCGCAUCGCCCAGUACCUCAAGGGCCUGGAGGUGCUGGAGCUGGGCGGCUGCAGCAACAUCACCAACACUGGCCUCCUGCUCAUCGCUUGGGGCCUGCAGCGCCUCAAGAGCCUCAACCUCCGCAGCUGCCGCCACCUCUCGGACGUGGGCAUCGGGCACCUGGCCGGCAUGACGCGCAGUGCGGCCGAGGGCUGCCUGGGCCUGGAGCAGCUCACGCUGCAGGACUGCCAGAAGCUCACGGACCUGUCCCUGAAGCACAUCUCUCGGGGACUGACGGGCCUAAGGCUCCUCAACCUCAGCUUCUGCGGGGGCAUCUCGGACGCCGGCCUCCUGCACCUGUCGCACAUGGGCAGCCUGCGCAGCCUCAACCUGCGCUCGUGCGACAACAUCAGCGACACGGGCAUCAUGCACCUGGCCAUGGGCAGCCUGCGCCUCUCGGGGCUGGACGUAUCCUUCUGCGACAAGGUGGGGGACCAGAGCCUGGCUUACAUCGCGCAGGGGCUGGACGGCCUCAAGUCCCUGUCCCUCUGCUCCUGCCACAUCAGCGACGACGGCAUCAACCGCAUGGUGCGGCAGAUGCACGGGCUGCGCACGCUCAACAUCGGCCAGUGCGUGCGCAUCACGGACAAGGGCCUGGAGCUGAUCGCGGAGCACCUGAGCCAACUCACCGGCAUCGACCUGUACGGCUGCACCCGCAUCACCAAGCGCGGCCUGGAGCGCAUCACGCAGCUGCCCUGCCUCAAGGUACUCAACCUGGGCCUCUGGCAGAUGACGGACAGUGAGAAGGUCAGGUGAGGGCGGCAGCACCCAUCCCCCCCCGCGCCCCGCCCCAGUCCUGCCCUGUUCGCCCUCCGGCCGCGGACGCGGGGCUGGGGGCGAUGACCGGAAGCCCCCAGGCUCCCCUCCCCUCUUCCCUUCUCGUGUGUCGGGGGGGGGGGGUCCCUCCACCGCACCCCCACCUCCCCUCUCCUGUUCCCGGAGGGUGUGGAGAUGGACCUGCCGCCCACCACCCACUCCUCCCGGCGGGGGUCCAGAGGAGGGACUGAGCUACUGUGUCCGUGCUGCGCCUGCAAGUGGGGAUGGGGGUGGGAGUGAGCAAUCCUUCCAGCCCUAGGGAGUUGAGGAAAAUGUCUGCCUUCACUUAAGCUUUCAUUUGAAUACUGUGAUCUGGUUUUUAUUUCGAAAUGUAUAAAAGCAAACCCAACUACAACGGCCUUUUCACCCUUCUUCCACUUUGUAACUAAUCCCAGUCUCGCCUCAUCGCUCCUCUGACAGCACUCUGCUGCUCACGCUCAUUUCAUCCUUAUUGUCUCUCUUUUUUUUAUUUUUUGAAGAAACUUGACAUCAACUUGUCUCUUUUUUUUCUGCUGAGUAUAUUCUAUAUAUUAUAUAUAUAUAAGUUAUAUAUAUAUAUAUAUAUAUACACACACACACACAUAUAUAUGUCUGGCUACCUCGUUUUAGUUUACUUUUUUCUCUGAAGCCCUGGAAUUCUACAAGAGAGAUAUUUUGAGACUGAAACAUUUUUGUGCCUGGACUGGAAAGAUGCCCAUUGGGUUUGUUCGUCUUUUUUCGUUUUGGCUUCUUCCCAAGCCCCAUCCAUCCAGUGUUUCCCACUUCACAUUUCUGGCUCUUAUUUUUCUUUUUCUCCUUGUCCGUAAGCAUUUGAGGACCCAGCCCAUGCUCCUAAAUCUUGACUUAAUUUAUAGCACAAAUGUGUGGGAGACAUGAGAGUUGGACUUUUUUUUUUUUUUUUGGGGUCUGUCUGAGAUGCAGAUUGUGUCUUGAAAAUGACGAUUAUAUAUGCAAAGUCUGCCCUGCCCUCCCUCUCUUCCACAUUUCCCCACGAAAAGGUCACAGUGAGGCUUCCUGUAGGGAGCAGAGGAGCUGGAACUGGCACUGGCUUAGAGAGGCCCCGGGCCCUGGUGUGAAGGGGAGGAGACUGAAAUUCAUGUCUUAUCUCUAUUCUGUUAAUAAAAACAGGUGUUGGUGGGUUUUUAAAAAUUCUGUUUCUAAAUGGAGGAGUAAACGCCUUGCUUUAUUUUGGUGGGGGUUGGGACUUGUGGCUUUAAAAAAAAAAAAAUCACUUCUGAGUAGGAUGUAUAUUUUUCUGUUGGAGUUUUUUGUUCGUUUUGUUUAUUUUUUUAGAAUCCUCCACAGCAACAUGCGAGACCAUGGAGUUAAAGAAACCCAGAGACCUUUAUCAAUUAAUUGUACUGUUUGUGAAUUUGUAUAAAUAAUAACAAAGAUCCUCUUAAAACGUUUAUAUUCUUACAGUAAAAGGUUAAACUGAUAUUUAUAUAAUAAAAGAGGAAAUAUGAAGUAUGUUUUUUGAAAAAAGAAAAAAGGAAAAAAACCAAAA